AUGGGUCCGAUGAAUCGUCGCCAGCGUCUUCGCGAGCAGGUCACCGCUGGCCUCCGCUCCGUUGCAGAGAAGUGCGGUUUUCGAGAAGCCGUCCCAAUUUGGGCAGGAAGUCUGCUUUUACUCUGUCGCUUCCUGCGCCUUGGCUGUUGCGGUGAGCUAUGUGGUACGGGCUUUGAUUCAUUAAACUUGCUAACUAGCUACGUGGAUAUUAUGAUGAUUGCAGAGCCUUUAAGCCCGACCCCGGCGAUGUUUGAGUGA